AGACAGAUCUCACAGCACAUAGAUGGCGGUAUUUGUGAUAGAAAACUCGGCCAUUUUAGUGUAAGUUCACAUGGUUCAGGCAUGGCGAUGGAGAUGAGAUUGCCUGUGAGAAGAGAAACGUCUCUGCCGGCUUCUCAUUCCAGUUCGGACGUUCAGCAUCUGGUUGUUCCGGGGGAUGUGAUCACAUCAGACACCGGGUUUAUGAGAGGCCAUGGUACAUACAUGGACGAUGAAAAACUCACCGCUUCUGUGGCUGGUGAGGUUGAAAGAGUCAACAAACUCAUCUGCGUCAGGCCGCUGAAGACGAGAUUCAACGGUGAAGUCGGCGAUGUGGUUGUUGGUCGGAUCACUGAGGUUCAGCAGAAACGCUGGAAAGUGGAGACGAACUCUCGGCUGGACUCCAUAUUGCUUUUGUCUUCCGUCAACCUUCCUGGAGGAGAGCUGAGGAGGCGAUCAGCAGAGGACGAACUUACCAUGAGAGACUAUCUUCAGGAAGGGGAUCUUAUCAGCGCAGAGGUGCAGUCUGUCUUUUCAGAUGGAGCGCUGUCUCUUCAUACACGCAGCUUAAAAUACGGCAAGCUGGGUCAGGGCGUGUUUGUGCAAGUCUCACCCUCGCUCAUCAAGAGACAGAAAACCCAUUUCCACAAUCUGACAUGUGGAGCGUCCAUAAUACUAGGGAACAAUGGUUAUAUUUGGAUUUACCCAACACCGGGGCAUCAGGAUGAGGAGGCAGGAGGGUAUUACACGAGCCUGGCGCCCAUUUCUCUCCCAGACCGGGAAGUCAUUUCUAGACUGAGGAACUGUUUACUGGCUCUGGCAGCUCACAAAGUUUUGCUUUAUGACACUAGCAUUCUCUACUGCUAUGAGUCCUCCGUGACACACCAGAUCAAAGACAUCUUGAAACCAGAGAUCACGGACGAAAUCGUGAUGGAGACACGGCAACGACUUCUAGACCAAGAGGGUUAAAAUGCUCGCGGUCAACGAUGAGAACUGUGAAAAGCGAUCUAACAAAAAGGAUUCAUACCAGUGUUAAAAUAAAAAAAAUUAAAAAAAAGACUUUUCAACUUCCUGAUUAAAAAAAAAAGAACAGGAACUGCAUUGUUGUAUGUCAAGGCACAUGUAUUGUUUUUAUCUCUGGUUAUACAAAUAGUGUCCUGUCUCUGAGAUUCUUUCUGAGAUACAGCUCACAGUCUACAUGGUGUCCCAAAGGUCUCCAUACCAAAGUGAAAUUAAAAACUAUUAUUUUUUAAUUUUUUUUCAUAAUAUUAUUCAUAAAAAAUUUCAUACUUGCAUACAUAGUUUAUAGAUUUUUUGUUGUUUUUUUUCCCCCAGAUAGCUUUUAAGAAUAGCAUGCUGUAACGGGAAAUAAAACAGCUCAAAGAUCAUAUAAAGAAACAGAUUCAAAAUGCAGUUACACGUGUAAGUUCAGCGUGAGCUUUUAAGACGACUCCUCGUGUGUGUUUACGAAGAAAUGACAGUAUUUUAAUGUCCCCUAUGUAUGGAGAUGAGCUCUGGGACACUUUGUACACCUUGUACAGGCAUUUUAUUUAUUUAUUUUUUUUUUAAUUAAUGCUGCCUAAACUGAAGGAAAACUUUAGUAAUGUCCAACGCAGUGUCUGUCCUGUGAAUCUGUAACAUAUCUGUCUCAGACAAUAACUUUGACAUGUCUCCUCUGUACUAUGAACAGAACUCGAUUACUUCAAAACUUUAUCAUGAGUGUCAAAGGGCAGGUGUAGAAUUAUCAAUAAAUAUUUCAAAAUGUGUGCCAAAAUGACAUGAAGUUUAAAUCUACCACCGUAAUCUGAAUUUAUAGAGUUUAAUCUUUCUCUUUUUCGCACAAGGGACGAUACUAAGGACGUUUCUAUUAU